AUGACGCGCCGCAGUGACAAAGAAAGUGAUGAGCAGAGUGAUGAAGGAGCAGAAAAACCUGACAAGAACAAGAAGAAGAGAAGUAAAGGAGAGAAGCACGUGUCGUUUCCCCCCGAUGAGCAGAUAGUGUCUGGCUUUGCUGAGCACAGGAACAUAGACAGAAAGGCUGACAGCUGCCUCACCUUGACAGAGGUAAUGGUGGCCUACCAGCACAGCUGCAGCAGACACCAGGUCCAACCCAGAGCCAACGUCGUGCAACAGCUCCAGCAGGGUGUAUGUGUAGGUGGCAGUGUGAAAUGUCUGGAUCUCAAAGGUGAGCGAUUAGACCACCGCUCCUGUGAAGCUCUGGAAGUCGUCCUGAAAUCGCUGCACUUUGAUUUCAUCAAUCUGCAGGCAGCCCAACUGGAAGAAAAUGGUGCCUUGUCCUUGCUGGAUAUGAUUUUGUACUAUGAAUCUACAACCCAUCUUGACAUUUCUGACAACAGCAGUAUGGGAACAUCGGGUUGGAGGGCCCUCGCUCAUUUGAUAAAGCAGAGUGUGCGUCUGUCCAGACUGGAUGCGUGUAACGUGCCCAUGGUGGACUAUCCGGCCCAGUGUCUAUCUAAAGCUCUGCUGACCAGCCGGCUCUCAGUCCUGCACCUUCACAAUGCCCAGCUCAGUGGUGUGCCCCUCUACACACUGGUUACUGCUCUCAAGUCCAAUCGAGCUUUGCAAGAGCUCCACCUAAACAACAACCGACUGAACAGUUACCAGGAUGCACUGCAGCUUGGAGACCUGCUACGCUACAACAACACCUUGCACAUCCUUGAACUCAGCAACAAUGCUAUUGCAGAUGCAGGUUUGGAAGAGCUUUGUGAUGGUCUGAGGUGGCAGACAGCUGGUCUCAAGGUCCUGCUGCUGAGGAACAAUCAAAUCACUGCAAAUGGCAUGGUCCAUAUGGCCAAAGCUCUGCCUGUGCUGAAGGUCCUACAGAUCCUGGACUUGGGUGAGAACCUCUUGGGGAAUGAGGGGAUCCAUGUGAUCAGGGAGCCUCUGAUGGUGAACUGCACGCUGCUGCAGCUCGGCCUGGCUCAAGCCAACAUUACUUGUGAGGGCGCUGUGGCGAUGGCUGAGGUUUUGGCUGAGAGUCGUCUGAUCCAGCGGCUGGACAUCCGUCAGAAUGAGGUGAAGGUCGGUGGCCUGAUGGCCUUGUGUCUGGCCCUGAGAAUCAACCGAUCUCUGGCGAGUCUAGAAAUGGACGACAUACCUCCUUUGGACCAGGAUGAGUUCCUGAUGGAAACUGAGACCAGUCUUCGGUCGGAGAUUGCCCAGCGUUGCCUCGCCAACGCUGACCGCUCCGGCCUCACCACGGACACCUCUGAGACAUUACCCCCCAAGACUGACGGACAAGCAGACAGCACGAGUGUAGUCUGA